AUGGACGGACAAACAAUACGCCCAAUGACCGUAACUGAGUUAAAAGAAAAAUUGAAAGAACUAAAUUUAGACACAUCAGGACGAAAGCAAACUCUUUGCGGCCGGUUGAUGGACCAUUUAGGUGUAGGUUGCAGUGAUGAUGAAUCAACAAAUUCUGAUUACACUGAAGCGACUGCAGGUAAACAACUCAGUAAAAACUAUGAAAAGGUUAAUUUUACUUUACGUGACAUUGAGGAUAGCGUAACGUCUUUCUCCGGAGACGAUCAUUACGAUGUAAGCCAUUGGGUUCGUGAGUUUGAGGAUAUUGCUGACACUGUGGGUUGGAGCGAUCUGCAAAAGUUUGUGUACGCAAAGCAGUUGCUGCGGGGUGCAGCCCAGUUGUUUGUAAGAGGUUUAGUAGGAAUAAGGAGCUGGCUUUCGCUAAAAGAGAAAUUGAUUGAUGAAUUUGGAAAGCAGUUAAGCGCUGCAGAAAUACAUCGAAUAAUGAGACAGAGGCAUAAACGUCCAAAAGAAAGUCUCAACGAAUACCUUUACGCCUUGAUUGAGAUAGGAAACCCAAUUAAGUUAGAUGAGGCUAGCGUCAUUGAGUAUUUUAUAGAUGGAAUACCUGAUUCGCGACUAAAUAAAGCUAUGCUAUAUGAAGCCACCACUUUAAAAGUCUUGAAAGAAAAAAUUAAAAUUUUCGAAAAGAUUCGUGGGAAUUUUUCGUCAUCAAACAAAACAAAUCCAACGAAUAUAACGAAUGAACAUAGACCAAGAGAAGAUAAGAAAGCAUGUUUCAAAUGUGGUUCUAAUACUCAUUUAGCUAGGGAAUGUAAUAGACAGGGAAUAGUUUGUUUCAAUUGUAAGCAAAAGGGGCAUUUCGCAAAGGAUUGUAAAGAUAAACCGACAAAACAAGUAGUAAAAAGUGAACAUGUGAAUAUACUUGGAAAAACUCUAUCGAAAGAAAAUCCGAAAAGUAACAUGAUUUUUACAAAUAUUAAAAUUAAAGAUAAAACAUUUAACGCGCUUGUUGAUACUGGUAGUGAACUUUGCAUCAUUCGAUACGAUAUGGUAAAAAUGAUUGGGGAUGUUGAGUUAAAGAACGAGAUUGUUCAUUUGAGUGGCAUUGGGGCAGGUAGAUUAACCACUCUUGGUUGUUUCGAUGCGGAAAUUAAGCUUGAUGAUAUCAUUAUAAAAGUCACCUUUUAUGUAGUGAGUGAGAAGGAUAUGGUAUACUCGGCAAUACUAGGCAGUAGUAUUUUUGAGAAGGUCGACAUGGUUAUAGGGCAAGCAGGCGCAACAUUUAAAAAGAAAGGAUUGUUGGGGUCAUUGAAAGCGGUGGAAUCUACCCAAAACUGGGGUAAGCCCAAUCCAGAUGUUGACUGGUUUGACGAAUUUUCAGCAUUAUGUUGCAUUAAUAUCGAUGGUGGAGUACCCAACUGUCCGGUAAAUUUGACUCAUCUUCCAAAGUCGGUUGCCUUAACAGUAGAAUAUUGGAUCCGUAAUUUCAAGCCUAAUAAGAUUGCAAAAUCACCAAUUGAGAUGAGAAUUAUCGUCAAAGAUGACAUCCCUGUAUAUCAAACGCCACGUAGAAUGUCAUUCGGUGACAGGAAAUUUAUCAAUGAACAAAUUGACUUAUGGUUAAAAGAUGGAAUACUUGUUCCAAGUACGUCUGAAUACGCGGCACCCGUAGUCCUAGUUUCUAAAAAAGAUGGCACCAAACGUAUUUGUUGCGAUUAUAGGAAAAUAAAUGAAAAAAUAGUACGGGACAACUUUCCUAUGACUCUUAUAGACGAAGUACUUGAGCAAUUGCAAGGUGCAAACAUUUUUACAACCCUAGACCUAGCGAACGGAUUUUUUCACGUGCCCAUAGAACCGAGCUCACGGAAAUAUACAGCUUUUGUUACCCAUGGAGGGCAGUUUGAAUUUUGUUACGCACCGUUCGGUAUUUGCAACUCGCCCGCAGUUUUCGGUCGGUACAUACAAGCAGUUUUUCGAGAUUUACUCAAAGAAGGAACAGUAGUAAUUUACAUGGACGAUAUCGUCAUUCUAGCUAAGGAUGUCGAUGAGGGCAUGGUUAAGCUUAAGUAA